AGAAGGGAGGGAGGAGAGUGGAGGGAGGAGGAGGAGGAGAAGAAGAAGGAGGAGGGAGCAGGCGGCCGGCGGCACGGGGGGAGGGGGCCCGGUCCGGGAGUGCGGGAGGCUGUGGAGAGGGAGGUGGCGGUAGCGGGUAGCGGACUGUAGUCUCCACCGGGCCAAAGCGGACACUUCGGGGGAGCGAGGCAGUAGGAGCACCGAGCACCAGAGGCGGCACCGGGAUCCCCGGCUCAGGGAGGCGGGGGGGUGGGGGGGGUCGCCGGACCGAGUGGAGGGGAGGGGGCGAUGCUGGAAGCCAUGGCGGAGCCCAGUCCCGAAGAUCCACCUCCGACUCUGAAGCCAGAGACUCAGCCGCCAGAGAAACGUAGGAGAACAAUUGAGGAUUUCAACAAAUUCUGCAGUUUUGUCUUGGCCUAUGCUGGUUACAUCCCCCCUAGCAAAGAGGAAAGCGACUGGCCAGCCUCUGGCUCUAGCUCUCCAUUGCGAGGUGAGAGUGCAGCAGACAGUGAUGGCUGGGACUCAGCCCCCUCGGAUCUUCGAACUAUCCAGACUUUUGUUAAGAAAGCAAAGUCAUCAAAGAGAAGGGCAGCUCAAGCAGGUCCUACCCAGCCAGGACCCCCAAGGUCCACUUUUUCUCGUCUACAGGCCCCUGACAGUGCCACUCUGCUUGAGAAGAUGAAGCUCAAGGACUCUCUGUUUGAUCUGGAUGGACCCAAAGUGGGAUCUCCACUGUCCCCCUCAUCUCUGACACACACCUCCCGCCCUUCUGCUGCUCUCACCCCAGUGCCGCUUUCCCAAGGGGAUCUCUCCCAGCCCCGAAAGAAGGACCGAAAGAACCGAAAGUUGGGGCCAGGAGGUGGGGCUGGCUUUGGGGUUCUUCGGAGGCCACGGCCAGCUCCUGGGGAUGGGGAAAAGAGGUCUCGAAUCAAGAAGAGCAAGAAACGGAAGUUGAAAAAGGGAGAGAGAGGGGAUAGACUCCCAGCUCCUGGCCCACCCCGGGCACCUCCUAGUGAUACAGACUCUGAAGAGGAGGAUGAAGAGGAAGAAGAGGAUGAUGAUGAUGAAGAGAUGACAGCAGUGGUGGGGGGUGAAACCCCAGCCCCUGUGCUCCCAACACCCCCUGAAGCCCCUAGGCCCCCUGCCACAGUGAACCCUGAAGGGGCUCCCCCCACUGACAGUGAAGGAAAGGAAGUAGGCAGCACAGAAACAAGCCAAGAUGGAGAUGCCAGCUCCAGUGAAGGCGAGAUGAGGGUCAUGGAUGAGGACAUCAUGGUAGAAUCAGGUGAUGACUCCUGGGAUCUGAUCACAUGUUACUGCAGAAAACCCUUUGCUGGGCGGCCCAUGAUUGAAUGCAGCCUGUGUGGGACAUGGAUCCAUCUCUCCUGUGCUAAGAUUAAGAAGACCAAUGUCCCUGACUUCUUUUAUUGUCAGAAAUGCAAGGAACUGCGGCCUGAGGCCCGGCGGUUAGGGGGUCUUCCCAAAUCUGGAGAGCCCUGACAUUACCAUUUAGGCUGGAACUUUUGACAUGACUUGGGAACUGAGCCUCAGGGUCUUCAGCCUGUCCCUUGGAUGGAGGAGAUGGUCCCCACUUCAAGACUGGAGUUUCUAAGGGACACUUGUUUGGAAAUGUCUUCUCAAUCUUUUCUGCUCCAUGGACUUGAAAUUGGACCCACUGCAGUUGGAUUGGGUCUGGGGAGGCUGUCUGAAUCUGUAGACGAAAUCUCUGUCCCUUGAACCACCCCUCACUUUCAGGGCCAGGGCUCAAAUUGGGAUGUAAUGGGAUAGUUGUCUAUAAAAUUUUAGUGUAAAUAUAGCACUCCCCUCCUCAUCUUCUUUUCACUCCAUUUAUUUUAUUCUGCACCGGUUAUGUUUUUCAUUUUGGGCUUCCCCUUUCUGAGCGUAGCUGCUCAAAGGUGGGAGUACCAUAGCCUGGUGGAGUGAGGGAGGAAAGCAAAAAGGUGGGGAUGAUUGCUUGUUUUUAAUAUCGGCCAGCUGCUUGUAGGGAUAGCUUGCGUGUUGUAAAUAAAGCAGUGGGCUCUUGUGUUUUA